GUCCUCGAGGGCGGAAGUCUACGAGAAGCGUAGCAAAGCGCGCCUCUCCGGAACUUCCGGUUCCCAACUGGCCGCCGCCAUUUUGAGCAACGGGAAGGGGGAAAAAAAAGGGGGAGCGGAGACGUUCUACCUCCAUCUCUAUGGUAUCCUCUAUGGCGUUUGCUCAUUACAGCCUCCCUGAGUCUUGUCUCCAGCCCCACCUCCCUCUUGGAUUGCUCUCCAUUUCUUCCCACGAGAGAUGAGGCGAAAGUUGAAGCCGCGCGCAGCCUAGCCAUCGCACGACCAUAGACGUGCUUAUGCCCAGAGCGACGCGAUUUAUUUAUUUGAUUAUUUAAACCGGAAACUAGAGCGGCGCGUCCUUCUAGUCUGUGGAUUUUCUAUGGCUUCGGGGUCUGCGCGCGCACCUGCGGCCUUGGGCGCGGUGGCUCCCGGGAGUGCGGAGGUUGCGACGGAUCUGCCGGCCUAGUGGCCGCGCCGCCCUGGUGCCCGUGAGGAGGGAGCAGCCGGUGAGCCUUUCGGGCGGGGGAAGGGGCGCCUUCGGAGGCCGGAAGCUGCCCGUGGCUCCCCUGUCGCGGCUUCCGUGCCUCCGAGCGCCCUUUGGCGGGGGUCGCAGGAGCGGGAGGCCUCAGGCCCUGACUCCUGGGCGGCCCUCGGGUGAGAACAGGGGGACCCAGGGGCCUCGGACGGGCCUUUGGCCUGGCCCAGCAGGGCUCCCCUGGCGUAGCAGGAGACGCCGGUAGUUUAGGUCGGUUGUCGCGCAGGGAGACCGUGGCUUCAUUUUUUUUAAGAAUCAGAAUUUUUUUUUCCAGUAUCAAAGCCGCCUCAGGACAGCUAUUACCGUUUCUUUGUACAAAGAUAAGCGGGGAAAAGGCGGGUCGCACUAAAGGUUCAGGGGGUGAAAAUGCCAAGCAUGUCCUUUUGCAGUACAUGACAACGAGGUGCAUAGCUGUCAACGUUUCCCUUUUCUUGCGAGGAAUCCUAUUCGGAAGAAGGGAAUUCCCCUUUUAAAAGGGGGAAAGUUGACAGCUAUGACGAGGGGGUCGCAGCAAAUCAAUUUAAUGGAUUAUUCGGUGAAUCAAUGCAGAAUAGUAGGAGUGAAUGGAAGAGUAUUGCCUCCGUUCCUAUGCCGUAAUGUAAGGGUAAAGGUAAAGGACCCCUGCAUGGUUAAGUCCAGUCAAAGGCGACUAUGGCAUUGCGGCGCUCAUAUCACUUUUCAGGCCAAUGGAGCCACCGUUUGUCCACAGACAGCUUUCUGGGUCAUGACUAAACCACUUCUGGUGCAAUGGGACACCGUGACGGAAACCAGAGCACACAAAAUGUAAGGGUAAGGAGGUGAUGCUCAAUGCCCACCUAGUGUUUUCAAGUGCUCCAAGCAGUGCCCAUGUUAUCCAGUUGAAUGCCGUACAGCAGCCCUGUAAGUAGGAGCAGCCAACCUGGCGUCCUUCAACUGUAGUCCAGUUCUGUGGACUACAACUCCCAUCACCUUUGGCUGUGUUGGGUAGGGCUGAUGAGAGUCCAGCAACAUCUGGAGAGCACCCAGUUGACUAACUCUCGGGUAUGUCAGUACUGUCGCCAUCAUUACUACAUGAGUGUGGUGUUGAGGUUUAUUGCAGAAUGGCUUGCUAAAGUCCAAGUAGUGAGGUUAUAGUAGAGGUGAGAAUUAAGGCAGGGCCUUCCUGAUUUGCUGCCUAGGCUCGUAGGACCAAAUUGUGCAUGGUACUCAAUGCGUCAUAAGCAGCUAUCUUCUUUUUCUAAAAAAAUGUAAUAGCUGCCGCAGAGGAGUGAUUUUAUGUGGGACUGCAGUGUGUGGUAAUAAGGCUUGCUAUGCAUGUUGAUUUAGAUUUUUUGCUUUUUUUGCUCUGGCAGGCUCUAGUAUCCAUCCAUGAUGUGCAUUUGAUCUCACAGUAUUAAAGAUGACUACUGCAGCUAGACCAACAUUUGAACCUGCAAGAGGAGGGAGAGGGAAAGGAGAAGGUGACUUAAGUCAGCUCUCCAAACAAUAUUCCAGCCGAGAUCUUCCCUCUCAUACUAAAAUCAAAUACAGGUAACAGUUUACGUUUCUGGUGGGGGCUGUUUUCUGCAGUGUUUAUUUUGUCUUUAGCAGGGAAUAGAUUUUUCUGUCCCUUUGGCAGGUAGAAUUUGCUGCAGGAAAACAUUUGCAAACUAAAAAUGAUUUCAUUAGUUUUCUUUCUGGCUAUCAGCAUAGCACAAAUGCUGUGCAGGUGGGCAGACAAACUCUUUGUAAUUUGUGUGAGCGAUUAACUUUUGUGGAUGUCUUCGCAAAACUAACUCUGUUGGCAGGGUGGAGAAUUGGAUACAGAUCCAUGCCACCCUCACCCUUGCAGACCAGUUUUGACAGGAGGGUGUCAAAUGGCUUGUCAAUCACUUGACCGCCAGUGACCCAUUUUUCUUUAUCUGAGCAGUUUGAAGAACUGCACGGGUAGAGGAACAGCACUUUGCAAGCCACAGCAAUCAGCUGCUCGAUGGUUCCUAUAAAUUCUGCUUUCAGCCAAACCAUAUCUUCACCUGCCCUGCACUUGAUGUCAUAUAUGGCACCAGGUAUAUGGGAGGUGGGUUUUGGCUGACCAAAAUGGCCCCAUGAGCCAAAUGGGUCAGCAUGCUGAGUCUAAUUAGGCUUGCAGUCCAGAGGUUUCCCACCACUUUACGGCCAUCUCAGAAUUCUUGUAGAACUUCACAAAUGGGCAAUAAGGGCAAAGCAUCUUCCACAACCAGAUGGGUACGAGCAUGCAGUUUAAACUAACAACAGGCUCAUCAUGAGGCCCAGUAAAAAAUCUGACUGAUUUUUGGCUGCUGUGCUUUUUGGGACCUUUUCCUCAGCUUCCCUAUCCCUCAUGUGUACUGUGGGGUUAUAAUAGCACCUGUAAUUUGAAGGGAUCUGCUUCCAAAUCAGUGCUGAAAACUUGCAGUUACUGAUAAUGUUGGGCAGUGUCAUUAUCUCCAUACUGUAGAAGUGGGUUGAAGCUGCAAGAAUAAUAGCUUGCCUAGUAUCACUUUGCUAGUUCUGGUACUGGCCCUUAACCUUAAAGGCCAGUGGUGGCUGUUGCCCAUUGGAAGUGGUAGCGCAUAAAGAAUGGAGACCAGCAGUGAACAGGGUUGGAGCUGUAGACAGCCAGAGCUAGCUAAAUCUAGGGUUGUCAUCAUCUUCCUCCCUGUUGGGCAACACUGGGACUGAGGAGGAGGAAGCUGACAGACAUUGCCCCCCGGUGACCCAUUUGCCAUAAAACAGCAGCUUUCAAAGCCCAAUUCAGCUUGGCAUAUGGGGUACCUGAAAUGCUAUGCUUUCCUUCAUUCUCUUAGGCCCUUCUCCAUGUCUCCCUGCCCCUUUUCUGUGGUGGCUCCUAGCCCUGGAAUACCUUUGCCAGGGAGACUCAACUGCCACCAGUUUUUAUUUCUUUUUAAAAGCUUAUUCUCUGUUGUUUUAAGCAUCCGAUUAUUCCUUUUAAAUGUGUUGAGGUGCUCUAGAAGUCUUCAGAGUGGGUUAGUGAUUUGUAAUAAGUAAAAUGACGAGCAUUUGGCUGAGGUGAUAUUUGUUACGAAUGUUUCGCCUCUCAUAGUCACAGCAACUGUAAUGCGUCAGCUGUAUGUGGAUAAUUCCUUCCCUUCAGCUUCUGCACUUGCUUCUUGUUUCAGACAAACCACCCAGGAUGCCCCUGAAGAGGUACGCAACCGUGACUUCAGGAGAGAACUGGAGGAGAGGGAGAGAGUUGUCGUGAGGGAGAAGAACAGAGACAGGCCUGCGCGAGGUCUGUGUUGUUUUGGCAGAUUAUUUUCCCUUUCGGAGGGGAGGUCAGGCUGUGACUUGCAGGCUGCUGGGGAAUCACGUUGUGUAUUAAGGACAGUUCCAGGUCAUUCAACAAAAGUUAAUCCAAGUAAUCCAAGUAGAAUUAAGCAUUUAAGCACUUGCUGGGUACCCGUAGGCAGCAAGGAAUUGUAUGUAGGCAUUUUUUUAAAAAAAAUCUAAAAUAUUAAAAAAAUUCAAAUGAAAAUAUUUUAUAAUUCUUAUUAUGAGCAAAGUCUGGAAGCAGUUCACAUCAUUAAAACCUGCAUUAAACCCAUUUUUAAAAGUGCAAGUAUUGGAAGAUCAGGAGAGAUCCCCUCACCACAUAGAUCCCUGCCUGGCAAAUUUGCUCCUCAGAUGGGGUAAUGUUAAGGGUAAAGGUAAAGGGACCCCUGAUCAUUAGGUCCAGUCGUGACCGACUCUGGGGUUGCGGCGCUCAUCUCGCUUUAUUGGCCAAGGGAGCCGGCGUACAGCUUCUGGGUCAUGUGGCCAGCAUGACGAAGCUGCUUCUGGCAAACCAGAGCAGCGCACAGAAACACCUUUUACCUUCCCGCCGGGCUUUCGUGCUUUCAAACUGCUAGGUUGGCAGGAGCAGGGACCGAACAACGGGAGCUCACCCCAUUGCGGGGAUUUGAACCGCCGACCUUUUGAUCGGCAAGUCGACCCGCUUCCCUAAUGUUAAGGGUACCGUGAGCUUAAUAGGAGAAACCAGCUGAGAGCGAAUUGCAAAACAAAGCAGUAGAAGAGAGAAGUAUUAUACUCUCCUCAGCUUUUGAGACCUUCUUCCAAAAAGCAAGGGUCAAGCCAAGUCUGUCUCCUUAAUGUGGGUUUCCCUAGACAUCAGAAGGAGUUUGAUCCGAGAGUGAGAUGAUGCCAGGAAGGGUUGUACAUGCAACAAAUGACUUAACACUGGUUUGUGUUGGCAAAAGAUUCAUAUGUGUCAGAGCUGCUUCCAGAUCCUAGCUCACAGAGGAUCACGCUAGCCAGCGAUCAUUAAACAAAAGUCUUUAUUGAGUUACAGUUUCCAUUCUCAAACUGCUGCGUGCAACUCUACGUCUCAUGGUUAGACCGGCGAAGCUCCGUCUGAGUCUCCGCCCUUGUACACCAACUUAAUAUCCUAGCCCUGCUCCACCUUUUCCGCCUGACUGUUCUUCUCUGGGUCCCUCUGCCCCCUGGGGUCUCUUCUUUCCGGGAUUCCUCUGACGCUGACGCUCCCCCUGACUCUUCUCCCUCCUUUCGGCGGGCUUUAGGACCUGGCUCCCUUUCCGGGCUGCCUACUGUGCCACCUUCCUGUGCAUUUGAACUUGGCGCGCGCGCCCAACCUUCCACCUUCCGUCUGACCGUUUCUUCGCUCCCCGAUGGAGGUGUGGCCACUCCUGACUCGUGCCCUCCCCCCUGUUGUGAGCUGCCAGCGCUUGAUCCCUGGCUCCCUUCCUCUUCCCUGCUCUCUGGCGGUGACGCUGGUCCCGAUUUCCAACUGCUCCCCUCUGAGUCCCCUCUGGCUCUAUCUUCCUGGGGCGUCCCCUAGGCUCCCCCUUGCCCUGGCCACUGGUGCUCCUUUCUGUGAAUCUUCUGAUUCACUGGAAAGACUCGGAGAUCUCGGGUCGUCGUCAUCACUCAUCUUUUCUUCUGCCUCCUCCCCCUCGCUCUCUGUUUCCUCCCUUGCCCUUGCCUCUGCUCCUGAACCCCUGACAUCCAUCCCCCCCCCUCGAAGCCCCCUCUUCCCCCCUCCCCUCCUUCCGGUGCGGGAUCUGGGUGCUGCCGUGUCGGGGACGAAUGUCGGAUACAGUUCGCUUCCCGUGGCGGGCCGCCAUCUGAAGUCUUCCGGUUCUUCCUCCCUGCUCUCGUUGACGACGGUCACCUCCGCUUCCAUCUCUGUGCCGCCGUGCUCGAAACCCGGGUCGUCCCCGAAACGUCCAUGUCCGUCUCUCCCUCGUUACCUUCUGGAGACGUUGCUCGUCCUGGACCCUCCAGCCACCUUCUGCGGAACUGCUCCUCUGGUCGAUCAUCCCACCAAUACGAGGGUUCUGAAGCAGAUCCCGAGGGUGACCCUCCGGGGAACGGGCGUCUCGUGUCGGUUCCUCGUCCGAGUCGAACCCCGGAACGUGCUGGCUGAAAGCGUGGGCGUGAAAAGCCAGUCGUCGAAAAGUCUGCUGGCAUUGGCCUAUGUGGGAAGAGGGCAUGAAACUCUUCUUUGAGCAGAGGUUCGUCUAAAGCGUAGCCCGGCACCCAGCUGUUGGCACUGGCCGGGGUGCCCUCCUUGGCGAGAAGGUAUUCUACCCCCUCUUCCCCCAUCUGGAGUCCAAAAUCUCCGUGGCUUCGUUGAUGCGCUCCUCCCGUGCCACUCCCCCCUGCCCGGUUCUCUCUCGGAGCGGACCCGGUGCCGUUCCUGGUUCCUGAAACCUGUGAGGUGCCUUGUAUGGAGUGAGCACCGAUCUGUGGAACACCGGAUGCAUCCUGGAACCCUCCGGAAGAGCCAGCCUGAAAGCCACCGGGUUGACCUGUUCUUCGACUUGGUAGGGCCCCAGUUGUUUAUGCCCUAGUUUCUUCUUCGCCAACGACCUGGCCGGCACUGCGUGGGCUGCUAACCAGACCCAGUCUCCCACAUGGAUCUCUUCGCCAACCCUUCUGUGUUUGUCCGCUUGUACCUUGUAUGCGUGUUUAGCCAGCUCCAGGUGCCGCCGCAGCUGAUCGUGGACCUCCUGCAACUCCGACGCGAAUGCAUCUGCUGUCUGCGGCUCCCCUCCCCCAUUCUUUCCAGUCCCGGGAAGGUUCUGGGGUGCCUCCCGUUGUUGGCGAAGAACGGCGUGACCCCCGUGGACACGUGCUUCGUGUUGUUGUAGGCGAACUCGGCGAGAGGCAGGUAAUCCACCCACGUCGCAGGCUGUUGAUUCGCAUAACAUCUCAGGUACUGCUGCAUGAUGGCAUUGACCCGCUCCGCUUGCCCAUUGGUCUGCGGGUGUCUAGCCGACGCCAGGUUGAUCUUGACGUUCAGGAAGCCCAUCAGCCUCUGCCAGAAGUUCGAGAUGAACUGUCGCCCUCGGUCGGACAGAAUAGACCGCGGCAGACCGUGAACCUUGAACACGUGGUCUAUGAACAGUUUGGCGGUUUGUUCCGCCGUGGCCACCUUCGCACACGGAAUGAAAUGUGCCAUCUUGGAGAACAAGUCCACCACCACCAGCACAGCCGUCUUGCCCCUCGAGCUGGGCAGAUCCGUGACAAAGUCCAGGGCCACUCUCUCCCAUGGUUCGAACGGAGUUUGCAGCGGUUCCAGCAAUCCGGCCGGCGGUCUGUGCACUGGUUUGGCCCUCUGGCAGGUGUCACACCUCGCCACGUAGUCCGCGACUUCCCCUCUCAUUCCUGGCCACCAGAAGUCUCUGGCUACUAAUUCCACCGUCUUCUCCUUGCCAAAGUGCCCGGCAGUGGGCGCGUCGUGCAGCUGCUGCAGUACCUUGGCGCGAAGUUCGUCUCCCGGCACGUAGAUGGCCCCUUUACGGAUGAGCAAACCAUCUCGCAGCUGGAACUCGUCGGUCGCUGCCGUGCCCCUGUGCGCCUCUGCCAUCUUUGCUUGCGCGAAGGAGUCAUCCUGCAACGCUCGUCGCACCGCCUCCAGGUCAACUGUUGCCGCCGUGCACGCCCACACUGUCGGUGCGAAGAUGUGCAUGGCGGCCGCUGGCGUUGCCUCCUCCAGAUACUGCGGCUUACGGGAGAGAGCAUCCGCCAUGAUGUUGGUGUCCCCGGGACAUACUCUAUUCGGAAGUCGAAAUUCGCAAAGAACUCAGCCCAACGUAUCUGCCUCUGGUUCAGGAACUGUGCCGUGCGCCAGUGCUCUAGAUUCUUGUGGUCCGUGCAGACCUGCACCGUGUGCUUGGCGCCGAUCAGGAAGUGCCUCCACGCUUUGAACGCUGCAUGAAUGGCCAGCAACUCCCUGUCCCAGAUGGUGUAGUUCUGUUCGGACUUGCUGAGCUUCCUUGAGUAAAACGCUCCCGGCCUCCAAACCCCUGCGGGUCCUUCUGCAGCAGGACUGCUCCCACGGCUCUGUCCGAAGCGUCUGUCUCCACCCUCAUCGGCUUGCUGGGGUUGACAUGAAGCAGUUGCCCUUCCGACGCGAAGAGACGCUUGAGUGCCUGAAAGGACUGCUCCGCCUGCUCUGUCCAGAUGAACUUCUUUUUCUUGGAGCUGAGCGUGUCCGUGAUGGCCGCUGUCUGCAUGGCAAAGCCUUUGAUAAACUUGCGAUAGAAGUUCGCAAAGCCGACAAACCGUUGGACCUCCUUCCGGUUGCGUGGGCUUUUCCAAUCCAACACUGCUCGGACCUUGGCGCUGUCCAUGGCGAGCCCUUUAUCAGACAACUUGUAGCCCAGGAAAUCCACCUCCGUCACGUCGAAUUGGCACUUCUCCAGCUUGGCGUAAAGCCUAUGUUGCUGUAGCCUGCUCAGCACUUCCUUGACGUGUCUGUCAUGCUCCUGCUGCGAUUCCGAAAAGAUCAGGAUGUCAUCCAAGAAACAGACGCACGUCUUGUAGAGGAGCCCCGCCAACACGUGAUGCAUGAACGCUUGAAAAACGUGGGAACCAUUUUGCAAUCCAAAAGGCAUAACUCUAUAUUCGUAGGUGCCCAGGGGCGUGAACAUGGCUGUCUUCCACUCAUCUCCUUCCCGCAUGCGAAUGAGGUUGUACGCCCCUCGCAGGUCCAACUUAGUGAACACGCUGCCCUUCCGUACCUUUGCGAGGAGGUCGUCGAUUCGGGGCAUGGGGAAGUCCGAUGGCUUGGUCACGCUGUUCAAAAUGCGAUAGUCCACUACAAGUCUUUUCUGGGGCGUGUCCCGCUUCUUAACAAAGAAUACCUGUGCUGGUCCCGGGGGUAAGGUACCUUGGGUGUAGCAGAGUCCACACGAAGAGGGGCAAGGUCCGAGGCAGAGAGCCGGGCGGGGAACAGGAAUGCUGGAACAGGAGGCUGUGCAGGAAACAGGAACACCGGAUGGUCGGGAACAGGAGGCCGAGCAGGGAACAGGAGUACCGGAUAGUCAGGAACAGGAAGCCGAGCAGGGAACAGGAGUACCGGAUAGUCAGGAACAGGAAGCCGAGCAGGGAACAGGAGCACAGGAAGGUCCGAAGCCAACAACGACGUUGCUCCCGCAACCUGGGGCCGGGCUGACUGGGCUUUAUCCUCUUCUAAGGCCAGGGGCGGUCCCGGUCCCCAGGAGCCCCGCCUCCUCUGGCCUUAAGGCGAGCACUCCUCCUGGGGGCAACCAGUUCCCUUCGCCUCUCUGCCCUAAGCCUCUGCAGAUCAGGAGAGGCCGAAGGGUUACUGGGCCCUGGAGGAGGCUCACCUGUGGCCACUGAGUCAUCAAGCCCCUCUGGGGCCAGAAGGGCUUCACCUGGGGCCAGCUCCUGAUGCACUGCCACAGGUGCAGGCUCUUCAGCAUCUAGGCCUUGCCCCAGUUCAGCCGGCCCUGGAGGCGGGGACUCCUGUGCAGGCUGGGAUUCCUCUGUUUCAUCCUCCGAAUCGGAAUCCCAGGCCAUCACACCAUCCCCCCUCCCAGGCCCCCCCCUCAACCGAGGGUCCGGACCCGGCUUGCCGGGGUACGUCGCAUGGAACUCUCGGAGGCAGGCAGGUGCGUGGACAUUGGCCGCUGGUUCCCAGGAACGGUCCUCCGGUCCGUACCCCUUCCAGUCAAUGAGAUACUGCAGCUUUCCCCUGCGGUAUCGGGAGUCCAGGAUGCGUUCCACCUCGUACUCAGGCUCUCCCGAACCAACACUGGCUGCGGUCGGGGACGGUCCGAGUGGAACUCGUCGGGUGGGGCCACCGGACUCAAAAGGGACCUGUGGAAGACCGGGUGAACCUUCAGGGUUGCGGGUAACCGGAGACGGAAUGCCACAGGAGAGAUUUGGUCUACGAUAGGGAACGGGCUGGUGAGCGGGCGUCCAACUUCCGCGAAGGUCGAGAGGGGUGGAGGUGGCGAGUGGAGAGCCAAACCAGGUCACCGACGCGAAGUUCCGGCCCCACCUGGCGGUGGCGGUCGGCCUGGGCUUUGUACGCUUCCUUGGCCUGGUGCAGUUGCUCCACCAAAAGCUGUUGCUGGGACUGGAGCUCUUGAAGCCACUCCGUCACCGCCGGGACCGCGGAUGCCGGCAGCACCUCUGGAAACAGCCGUGGAUGAUAACCAUAACUGGCCUGGAACGGGGUCUGCUGGGUGGACGCAUUCACCGCGUUGUUAUAGGCGAACUCCGCCAAUGCCAGGUGGUCGACCCAGUCAUCCUGCUGGUAGCUGCAGUAACACCGGAGGUACUGCUCCAGCACCGCGUUCGCCCGUUCCGUCUGGCCAUCGGUCUGUGGGUGGUAGGCUGACGAGAGGCAGACCUCUGUCCCGAGGGUCUGGUGUAAUGCUCGCCAGAACCGGGAUGUGAACUGAACGCCCCGGUCGGACACCACGCGCUCAGGUAGUCCAUGCAGGCGGAAGACAUGCUGAAGGUACAGCUGAGCAGUUUCCUUGGCUGUGGGUACAGUUGGACAGGGAGCGCAGUGCACCAUCUUGGUGAAAUGGUCGGAGAAAACCAGAAGGCAGGUACAGCCACGAGACGAGGGUAAGUCCACUACAAAGUCCAACGAAACCGUGUGCCAGGGGCGCGGUGGAACUGGCAAUGGCUGAAGUAGGCCGGGGGGUCGCCCGGUAGGUCCCUUGGCGCGCCGGCAGACAUCACAACCAGCAACGUAGCGAGCCACGUCAGCCUUCAGGCGGGGCCACCAAAACUCUCGACUGACCAGAUGGGUGGUCCGAUACCGUCCAAAGUGCCCCGCUGCUGGGGCAUCAUGGGCCAUCCGGAGAACCUCCAGCCGUAGUGGCCCUGGCGGGAUGUACAGACGACCGUGGUGCAGCAGAAGGCCCUGAUGCAGGACCAGCCCCGGAUACUGUGGGCUGGACCCUUCAGCCAGCUCCCGGAGUCGUUCCUGGGCCCAAGCGUCGACCCGCUGCUGUUCCCGCACCCGAACCUGCAGUGGCUGCGCCUCCUGGGUGGCCAGGAAUGCAGCCGGAGGUAGGAUCGUGGUGGGUUCUGCUUGCUGUACCGUGUCUGCGUUGUCUUCGGGUUUCCGGGACAGGGCAUCCGCCUUCUGAUUCUGAGAGCUAGGGAUGUAGCGGAUCCGGAACUGGAACCGGGAAAGAACAACGCCCACCGGAUCUGUCUUUGGUUCAGCUUGCGGGUGGUCUGGAGGUACUCCAGGUUCCGGUGGUCGGUUCUCACCUCCACCGGAUGUCGUGCCCCUCAAGAUGGUGGCGCCAGACCUCAAAGGCUACCUUGAUGGCCAGUAGUUCCCGCUCCCACACAGUAUAGUUACGCUCCGCUGGUAGGAGCUGGCGAGAAUAGAAGGCACAGGGUAAGAGUGGCGCUUCAGGACCAAUCUGUUGAGACAAGACGGCACCGAGAGCCGUACUGGAAGCGUCGGUCUCCACCACAAAGGGUCGAGAGGGGUCAGGAUGUUGUAAGAUUGGUGCCCUCUGGAAACAGGCCUUCAACCCCUGAAACGCCUCCUCUGCCUCCUUGUCCCAGGAAAACGGCGUCUUUGGGCGCAGUAGCCGGGUCAACGGGGUGGUGCGAUGAGCAUAAUCAGCGAUGAAGGUCCGGUAGUAAUUGGCGAACCCCAGGAAACGCUGCAGGUCCUUGCGGUUCCGGGGUGCCGCCCAUUCUUGAACCGCUGUCACCUUCCCGGGUCCAUUUGCACCCCAUCUGGAGAGAGCCGGUGACCAAGGAAGUCCACAGUCCGCUGAUGGAACUCGCACUUGCUGAGCUUUGCGUACAAACGGUGCUCACGCAAGCGCUGCAGCACGGUCCGGACAUGUCCCUCAUGGCAAGCCGGGUCACGGGAGUAAAUCAGUAUGUCAUCCAAAUACACCACCACGUACUUGUCUAACAAGUCCUGAAACACGUGGUUGAUGUAGCGUUGAAACACAGCAGGCGCGUUGCACAAACCGAAAGGCAUAACCAAAUAUUCGAACUGCCCGUACCGGGUCCCAAACGCUGUCUUCCACUCAUCCCCGGCUCGGAUCCGAAUCAAGUUGUAGGCCCCCCGGAGGUCCAGCUUGGUGAACACCUGUGCCCCUUGCACCCGCUCCAGCAGUUCCGAGAUAAGGGGCAAGGGGUACCGGUCUGGGACGGUAAUUUUGUUCAGGGCUCGGUAAUCAUGGCAAGGGCGGAGUUCCCCACAUUUCUUCUUAACGAAAAGCACUGGUGCCGCGGUAGGCGAGGUGGAAGGCCUAAUGAACCCACGCUCCAGGUUCUUGCGCAAGAAGUCCUGCAAAGCCUCGCGCUCUGGCUCUGUUAGGGAAUAUAAGCGACUCACUGGUAAAGGCGCUCCGGGUUGGAGGUCUAUGCCGCAGUCAAAAGGCCGAUGUGGCGGCAGCUGGUCUGCCCCCCGUUCCUCGAACACGUCCUGGUAGUCCUGGUACACGGCUGGGAGCGUGGGUGCUGCCUCCUCUGAGGGCGCGGCCGCCAGCGUUCCAGAUUGAGCAUGGGAACAUGGGUCUGGGAAGUGCACGGUCCGUUUGACCCAGUCAAUCUGAACGUUGUGGGCUUCCAGCCAGUCCAUCCCGAGCACCAGGGAAGCGGGGCAUAGAGGCAAUGUCCAAAGUCCGCAACUCCCGGUGCUGCUGGAGACACAGGACCAAGGGCUGGGUCUCCUGAGUAACGGCACCUGAACGCAGAAGUCGUCCGUCAAUCGCUUCCACCUGGACCGGUACUGGCUUGUUCCAGUGGCACCUGAUGAUGGGCGGCAAAAGCAGCGUCCAUAUAGGAGCGGGUUGCCCCUGAAUCUACCAAAGCAUGGGUGAGGAUCCAGGGCCCACCUGGAGGGUAUAAACGUACUGAAACCAUAAGAUGUUGCAAGUCCAUUGGUGCGGGCCCAUUCUGUACGGUUUGGGACCCCCGGCAGCUAGGGCCAUCAGCUACUGGGGUUGGCGGUUUCCCUGCGGCUGGCGUUUCUCAGGGCAGGACCGAGCGAAGUGUCCACUUCCGCCACAGUAAAGACAGAGAUUUCCCUCCCGACGCCGCGCCUUCUCUGCGGGGGAAAGGCGUGGCCGCACUGCCCCGAGCUGCAUAGGCUCCUCCGUUAAAUCAGUUGUGACCGUGGGGCUGCCGGAAAAAACUGGUGCCGUGAACUGGAAGUGUCGGCGACCCCGGGCCUGACGCCGAUCCUCCAACCGGUCGUCUAUUUGUAGACUCCGUUGAAUGAGAGUGUCCAGCGUGGUGGGGCGUUCCAUUGUGGCCAACUGGUCCAGUACCUCGUCCGAAAGCCCUUCGAGAUACUGGUCCCGCAGUGCCGAGUCAUUCCAGGUCAAGUCCUGUGCCAACAGCCGAAACUCCGUGGUAUAUGUGGCCACCGUGGACUUGCCCUGUUUCAAACGCCGAAUCGCCCGGUUGGCUUGACUCUCUUUCUGGGGGUUGCCGAGCGCGGCCUCCAAACGAUUGCAAAACCCCGUAUAGUCUGCCAGCAAGGGGAGUCUUGCCUGAGUAACGGCAACGCCCACUUGGCCGCCUGGUCCUUUAACAAACUAAUCAAAAAGUGCACCUUGGUGCGGUCGUCAGGAAAGUUCCGGGCUCGCCCCUGAAUAUACAGCUUGGCCUGGGCCAGGAACAUGGGAAAGCUGGCCGGGGCUCCAUCAAAUUUCUCAGGCAAAGCCACUGGGUACUUGCCCGGAGCCGGGCGUCGGCCCCAGGAGCCGGUAGGGCUUCCAAGCGUUGCUGAAGUGCCACAACCGCGUCGCUGAGCUGCUGCACGGUGUGAUUCAAGGCCUGGUUCUCCUGGGCCAAAGCCACCAGUGCAGCCGCCUGUUCAGCCAUGGCCUCUGGCUCUUCCCGAACGCACCCCUACGAAGGGGAAGUGCGGGUGUGGCGGGAGCAAACUGUGCUGGUCCCGGGGUAAGGUACCUUGGGUGUAGCAGAGUCCACACGAAGAGGGGCAAGGUCCGAGGCAGAGAGCCGGGCGGGGAACAGGAAUGCUGGAACAGGAGGCUGUGCAGGAAACAGGAACACCGGAUGGUCGGGAACAGGAGGCCGAGCAGGGAACAGGAGUACCGGAUAGUCAGGAACAGGAAGCCGAGCAGGGAACAGGAGUACCGGAUAGUCAGGAACAGGAAGCCGAGCAGGGAACAGGAGCACAGGAAGGUCCGAAGCCAACAACGACGUUGCUCCCGCAACCUGGGGCCGGGCUGACUGGGCUUUAUCCUCUUCUAAGGCCAGGGGCGGUCCCGGUCCCCAGGAGCCCCGCCUCCUCUGGCCUUAAGGCGAGCACUCCUCCUGGGGGCAACCAGUUCCCUUCGCCUCUCUGCCCUAAGCCUCUGCAGAUCAGGAGAGGCCGAAGGGUUACUGGGCCCUGGAGGAGGCUCACCUGUGGCCACUGAGUCAUCAAGCCCCUCUGGGGCCAGAAGGGCUUCACCUGGGGCCAGCUCCUGAUGCACUGCCACAGGUGCAGGCUCUUCAGCAUCUAGGCCUUGCCCCAGUUCAGCCGGCCCUGGAGGCGGGGACUCCUGUGCAGGCUGGGAUUCCUCUGUUUCAUCCUCCGAAUCGGAAUCCCAGGCCAUCACAAUACCGGACUGCCCCCCGCUGCCUUGGACUCUCGGAUGAAACCGCGCUCCAAAUUAUGAUCUAUGAACUCUUUGAGUUCCUGCAGUUCGUCCUCAGACAUGGAAUACAGCUUCCCUUUGGGCAGCGCCGCCCCCGGCAGCAGGUCAAUUUUGCAGUCAUAUGGUCUGUGGGGGUAGCCUGUCUGCCUCCUUCUCGCAGAAAACCUCCAAAAAUUCUGCGUACUUGUGGGGAACCGCUUGCAGCGUGCCUAGCUGCAGCUGUGACUCCUCUUCCUCUCCUUCCUGCCGGGGCACGAUGCAGUGUUCAGCGCAAAAGGAAGAGCCGAAGGUCAGCUGCCUCUGGUACCAAGCCAGCGUCGGGCUGUGCUUGUCCAGCCAACUCAUGCCCAAUACAAUGGGCGUGUCCGAUAGUUGAGUGACAUUGAAGCUGAUGAUUUCCCUGUGAUUCCCAAGCCGCAUCACCAUUGGUGGCGUCUGCUUCACCACUUGCCCCCCUAGCAGCUCCCUGCCAUCCACCGUGACAACCUGCAGGGGCAGCGUGGCAGGCAGCAACUGUAUAGCGUGCCGGUCGACAAAGUCCUGCCCUAUAAAGUCCGCAUUGCUUCCGGAGUCAAUGGUGAUUGGCACGUCCAUGGUGAUUCCAUUGGGCAGCUGGAGCGACGCGGUGAGCCUCACUACUGGUUUGGGCGGGAGGGGGUCCAUGGGCUGUAAAAUCUCUGGGGACUGCUUCACUGACACGUCUGGCUGGGCCCCAGUGCCUCUUCCUCCAACCAGACUCCGUCGUUUCCCUGCUGUGGUUCUCCUUGCUGCGUUGCUGCAGUUACCAUUGCUGAAGCUGCAGUGUGCUUGUGGAGCCUCUGGGGACACUCUUUCGCCAUAUGCUGUGGAGCAUCGCAGAUGUAACACUUCCUGUUCCCUCUAGGAGGCUUCGCUUUCACUGCUGCCGGUGCUAGGGCUCUGGCUGCUGACUGAGCCCUUGCACCUCCAACCUCCAUAGGUUCCGCUCCUCCUCCUGGCGGAGGCGUGGAUUGCGCACGCGCUGCUUCUCUGGGAAGGAAGGAGGAGCCCCUGGCUGGUUCGCGCCCUCCACGCCCUUCGUCCCUGCUCCACGGACGUUCUUCCAGCCGCACCCCCACCGCCAGCGCCCUCUGAACGAUCUCCUGCGUGGUCCGGGGUCUCUCCCCUCGCAAUUUCAUCUUUAACCGAGCCGUGCAAUCCCUCCCAAAACAGGUCUCUUACAGGAGCCGAAUCUCUGUCCCAUUCCAGAGCACUGACCAAAGCGAAAAAGCGGGCAUGGUACUGCCUUACGCUGGCCCUCCCUUGCUUCAGUCCAUGUAUCUGCUGCCGAGCAAGAUCCACGUCAAUGCUUGAUAAAAAGCACCCAUCCAUCGCUUUAAUAAAGGCAUCCGCAUUUUGGAGCGCCGGAUCCUUAUCUCUCCACAAAUUGCGCAGCCAUGCUUUAGCAUCUCCAUGCAAAUGGGACAUGAUGAAUCCCACCUUCUCUUGCUCAUCUCUAAAGUCUUUGUCCAGCAGUUGCAGUGCACACAUUACAUCUGCUCUAAAGUUGGGGUACUGUUGCAAAUUCCCAUCGAAGUGAGAGACCAGACCGCCUGUUCGUCUCCCCAACCCAAUCCCCUCCGGUUUGGGUGUCAGUUGCCCUUGCUUCGUAAGCACUUCCAACCUGACCUGGAGAUCCCUGUAGGCGGCAGCUGCGUCCUCCUCUCUCUUCCUGGAUGCAAGAGCCUCGGCAUUCAGUCGUGACACUGCUUCUCUGAGUUCCGCUAUCUGCUGUUCGGCCGUCAUAUUGUCUGCCUUUCGUGAGCUCGCUAGUAGGCACCCGCUUUCUCUCCUCUCCGCGAGGCUGUAGAUGCCCACAAUUUACAGGGACGGAGCUUACUGUCAGAGCUGCUUCCAGAUCCUAGCUCACAGAGGAUCACGCUAGCCAGCGAUCAUUAAACAAAAGUCUUUAUUGAGUUACAGUUUCCAUUCUCAAACUGCUGCGUGCAACUCUACGUCUCAUGGUUAGACCGGCGAAGCUCCGUCUGAGUCUCCGCCCCUUGUACACCAACUUAAUAUCCUAGCCCUGCUCCACCUUUUCCGCCUGACUGUUCUUCUCUGGGUCCCUCUGCCCCCUGGGGUCUCUUCUUUCCGGGAUUCCUCUGACGCUGACGCUCCCCCUGACUCUUCUCCCUCCUUUCGGCGGGCUUUAGGACCUGGCUCCCUUUCCGGGCUGCCUACUGUGCCACCUUCCUGUGCAUUUGAACUUGGCGCGCGCGCCCAACCUUCCACCUUCCGUCUGACCGUUUCUUCGCUCCCCGAUGGAGGUGUGGCCACUCCUGACUCGUGCCCUCCCCCCUGUUGUGAGCUGCCAGCGCUUGAUCCCUGGCUCCCUUCCUCUUCCCUGCUCUCUGGCGGUGACGCUGGUCCCGAUUUCCAACUGCUCCCCUCUGAGUCCCCUCUGGCUCUAUCUUCCUGGGGCGUCCCCUAGGCUCCCCCUUGCCCUGGCCACUGGUGCUCCUUUCUGUGAAUCUUCUGAUUCACUGGAAAGACUCGGAGAUCUCGGGUCGUCGUCAUCACUCAUCUUUUCUUCUGCCUCCUCCCCCUCGCUCUCUGUUUCCUCCCUUGCCCUUGCCUCUGCUCCUGAACCCCUGACAAUAUGCUUCUAGUAAUUCUAUUUUAUUUUUGCAUUUGGGUUCGCAGUAAGCUUAGUGUUGGUGAUUUUCUAUGUUUCGCUUGCUUUUCUUUUAUUGCUGUUGGUCACGCAAGUUCUUACGGUUUUUCCUGUGUUUGCCCCCCAGAGCACACAACGUCCUCUUCUGUGUCUAAGAAACCCCGGCUAGAUCAGAUCCCUGCAGCUAACCUGGAUGCAGAUGAUCCUUUGACUGACGUAUGUAUUCUUGGAUGUUGGGAAACAGUAUUUGCUGGACAGAAAAACAGAUGCUUGAAAAAUCAGUAGCAAGGUUCUUGUUGGGACACCAAUAAAAACUUCAUCAAAAAAGUGAAAACAAGUUUUUGCCACUUUAAUAUUUCCACUCAGCUACAUUGGGUGGCUGGUUGCAUCCUUUUUUGCUUUGACAGAGGUUUCCAUCAGCAGAACAGGGAGGAAGGCGAUUUUUGUUGAUUUUCCCCAAGCCCUUGGUGCAGAUAGAGUGGGAAGGGGGAGUUGGUGAAAAUCACAUCCCUGAUCUAUUGAUGGAAGCCAAAAGUGGCUCAAGGUGCUUUCCAUCAGCAGAAAAACCCUGAUGGGUACAAACCCUGCUCUAGAAUAGUAGUCCAUUAGCGGAACUGUGACACACAGUCUUUCUAAUAUCAGAGUCUGAAGUGUUGACAAAACUCAUUCAUUCAUCCUUUAUUGGCACAAUCCUUCUACUUGCUUAAAUGUCAGAAACAUGGGGUGCCUCUCUAGGGCAAUAGAGGGGAACCUGUUGUCCAGCUGCAGCUGGUGUCAGCCUCGUCCACUGGCCAUGCUGGCCGGGGCUGAUGGGAGUUGGAGCCCAAUGACAUCUGAGGGCCACAGGUUUCCCACACCUUCUGCAGGCCCUCUUUGGGGUAGGCAUGUGCAACUUGCGAUCAGCUACGGCAAACACAGCCCGACAGCUGUGCAUUGCAAGCCACCUGGGGCUCCAUAAGUCUUCUGACCUGACUGCCUGUCUAGGACUGUGGAAUUCUAUGAUAUAUGGGCUGUCAGGCACCUGUUUUGCCCACAGUACUUAACUGAUGGGCCACACACUGUGCGGUGGGCAGGCCUGAAUUUUAGGGGAACAGUCAUUUCAUUUUAAAAUGGUACAGUCAUAUGGAUGUAGAGAGGAGAGGAUGAUUUUUAUACUGUCAAUUUUGAGGAAACUGACAAGAUGUGCUGAUGGAGCAUUUUGUCAUUGGCUAGUAAGCUUAGGCAACACAGGCCAGUCUUGAAGCACUGCAGUUGGUGUGCUUAAACUUAAAACCUUGUUUGCAGCACACGUGGCAGUAUAUUGGCACAUCACAUGGGCCUAUGGAAAUUGCAAAGUGCAAAAAUGUCUGUGUAAGACAUUCAUGUGCAGGUUCACCUGAUCCGUUGUGUUGGAAAUAGGAUGCUGUUGUGUGUAAUGCUACGCAUAAAGUUCUGCCUAAGUUUCCAUGGUGGGUAGGAGAUGGGACAGUGUUUGCUAAAACUUUGCUGCAUCUGUAGGAGGAGGAUGAAGAUGAGGACUAUGAUGAAGAGAGUGACGAUGACACAGCUGCUCUUUUAGCUGAGCUAGAAAAGAUCAAGAAGGAGCGGGCUGAGGAGCAGGCCCGAAAGGUAAGCAUCUUUUCAUUCUUAUUAUAAAAUCUGCCAUAGGCAGGUCAUUGGCCCAUUUAACCUGUAGAGGUCUCUGCUAGCUCCAAUGCCUGGAUCCUUUGAAGCAGACACAAUGUAGGGACCUAAUCUGGAGCUUUCUGCAAGCCAGGUGUUUCUGCAGCCAUUACGCUUCUAAUGACUUGUAUAGCUUUCAAAGUGUGUGUGUGUUAAAUCCCUGGCUGAAGACUUCAAAGCAAUUAGCCUUUCAAGCAACAAACAACAUUAAUGGACACAUGCUGUACGUGAUUUUGUUAUGUCAGAAAUAGUUUUAACGACUCCCAUCCCCUUUUUGGGUAAUCCACUGAUCUCCAAAGUGAAGUCUUAGCCCUGGUUACUUUACAUCAGAGCAGAAUGGUGCUGCUGUGUAGCUUCAGGGGAGAACCUCCAGCCCUCAGACCAAAUGGAUUGGAAGCCAUAGAGUGAACAUUCUGUUGUUUCUUGCCAAGCCUGGCUUGUGGCAACUAGGGGCUCCAUACUAUAGCUGAUCCUUCCGCAAAGCAGGUCUUGCUCUGUUCUUGCAGCAAGCCCUGCAGGGAAACACUUCCUUUCCCUGUGCAGUUUAAACCACAUUGGCAAAGGGAACGUUCUGUUCCUUUGCAAACUGGCUUUAAUUCAAGCCAAGGAAUGAAAGGAAAACUCUUCACCUGAUGUCAUGGUGACACCAGGUGAUUGACAGAUGGGCAGCUCCCACCCACCUUCCCAAGUGCCCCGUGGGGGCUGGGGGAUGUCAGGAUCCAGUUUUCCACCCCCGCUGUAUAAAAAUGCUACAGAAAACAGUUUCCAGAAAUGACUGUUUGAUGCCACUAGAGGCCAGCAGAAGCUGUUUAAGAUGGAGAACCCUAUGCGGCUGCCUUUUAGUUUUCAUUAUGGUAUUAAUCGUUCUGUUUCCCUUGCCAGCUCUAGUUAUCCCUUUCAAUGUUUCAAGCUGCCUUAAUCAUUGCUGUCCAAUAUUCUUCUGCAUGUGGCCCCUCUAGAAUGUUCUGCUGGUCCUGAAUCUGUUAAUGCAGAAGAUCUGCCAUAUAUAUUUAAGCCCUGGCUUGGUCGCCAUGGGCAACAAGGAACUGCAUGUAGGAAGAUGCACAGGUUUCCAUACAGACAAACAAACCAGGCUUGUGGGUGAGAGAUUUCUAGCUUUCUGGACUCAGUGCCCUCUUUGAUGUGCAGAGUGAUACCACCUCCAUUACAGCCUUCCCUGCCCUUCCUAGAGAAUUCAUAUCAAGAGAUAACCAUGCCCUGCUGUGGGGAAAUCUGAAGAUCAGACCUCCAUUGUUUUGACUUUAUUGUUCCAAGCUCAGGGGAAUAUAUAAAGCCAAAACCCCAGAGCAGUUUCGUGCUGCACACCGAGCCAAUAUUUGCCGUGUGUUUGUUUUCAGCACUGUAAUGGUGACAGCUGCCUUUAAUUUAAAACCUGGUACUGCAAGAAGGAAAAACAGAAAAGAGAAACCUAAAUAGACUGGACAAGAUGGUUGGGAGUUUUAUGUCACCAAGUCCCCAGCUUCCUCAAAAUCAGGUGGAACAGAAAAUAGGGUCUAUGUUAUAGCUCACGGACCAUCUUUCUCUCACCUUGCCAGGAACUAGAGCAGAAAGCUGAAGAGGAGAGGAUACGGAUGGAGAACAUCCUGAGUGGGAACCCUUUGUUGAACCUCACUGGUCCAGUUCAGCCUCAGGCAAACUUCAAAGUGAAGAGGAGGUAUGGAGGUGCUUGCUUUACAUAGGGAUGUCCACCUAAAUUACUUGUUCCCAACUUCUCCACAAUUUCACAGUUCCAGAAUAUUUUAAAUGAAUGUUAAUUGUAUGCUUAAGUUUAUUUUUUGGUUGCUGUUUUUUUAACGUUGUUAAUAUUGUCUUAUAGAUUAUGAAUGCUGCAGUACUUUGUGAAUCCUAUAAUGUGAUAAAAAAUUUUUUUGCGAUUGUGCGGUUUUCCUCAUUUGUUUUAAUAGUGUUUUAUGAAUUGUAAUGAUUUUACUGAUGAUUUGUUAAUUGAUCUAUAUGAUUUGUGAUGUUCUAUUAUGUUGUUAUUUAUUGUUUGCAAGCCACUUUGUGAUUCAUGUGAAUAAAAAUCAGCAUAAAUAUAUAAUGAAUCACAUCAAGUCCAGUGCACAGCUCCACAAAUCACUGGCCCUGCUGGCUGUGGCUGGUGGAUAUUGCACUAUAGCAUGGAUUAACGCUCCUUACCUUUUGUCUUCUUGUGAUGUCACACAUUUUCUCUUUAAUUCUUACGGUUAACAUAUUUUGCUUCUCCCUGGAUUUAGAUGGGACGAUGACGUGGUCUUCAAGAACUGUGCGAAGGGAGUCGAUGAGAUGAAAAAGGACAAAAGAUUCGUCAAUGACACGCUGCGGUCUGAAUUUCACAAAAAGUUCAUGGAGAAAUACAUCAAGUAGUACUUUUCCUUUUUUUCAUUUUGAAUAUGCUAUGUCACUGAUGGACUAAACGGAGCAAGCCUUUUCCUUCCUUCUGAAAAACAUGGUUAAAGUGAAAAUCUGGCAACGAGUAGCAGUUCUCCAAGGUCGCCGCUACCCUUUUAACAUAAAAUGACCCUGUCUCUGGAAUACUUCCUUGUUUACUUUGUUUUAGCUCGGGCAGCUAAUUUCCCAGAAAUGUUUCAUUUUGUUGCUAUGAAAUUACUUGUAAUGGCCUUUCUGUAAAUGUUUUGAAAAUGGUGUACAAUAAACCCUUCGCUCUAA